CGCGGCGCACUUGGACUUCCCUCUCCAUUCGCCAGCCGCCUCGCUCUGGGUCCCCAUCGCUGCUAACUGAUCCGGCGCGGGGGGAGGAGGAAAAGCGCAGGGAGCGAGGGGAGGAGAGAGCGAGAGCGAGCGAGCCCGAGGCAGAGCGAGUAGAGACCGCCUUCCGGAGCCGGGAUUCAUGCCUGUCCUCGGGACCAGCCAAGGGGACUUUACGGCUGAGUAUGAGCCAGGCUGCUAGGAGCCAGGUACCCCCGCGCCUGCAGUCCCCGCGCCGUCCCCGGUAUGCGAGCUGCACGCAGAGCUCUUCCAACUUCCCACCUAGCCGAAUAAAAAGCGUCCGCCCGCAGCUCUCCGCCAAAGACGGACAUUGACUCCAGGACUCCACAGAAUGGAGCAAGAAUGAGAGGAAAAAGGCCGGAAGAAAAGCAUGAACUGGAGGUUUGUUGAGCUCCUCUACUUCCUGUUUGUAUGGGGCCGUAUCUCAGUGCAGCCCUCCCACCAGGAACCAGCUGGGACAGACCAACAUGUCUCCAAGGAAUUUGAUUGGCUUAUUUCAGACAGGGGGCCUUUCCACCACUCCAGGAGCUACCUAUCCUUUGUGGAAAGACACCGUCAAGGAUUUACAACCAGAUAUAAAAUAUACAGGGAGUUUGCCCGUUGGAAGGUGAGGAACACAGCCAUUGAGAGGAGAGAUCUGGUCCGUCAUCCAGUGCCCCUCAUGCCAGAGUUUCAAAGGAGCAUCCGCCUACUUGGCAGAAGACCCACCACUCAACAGUUCAUUGAUACCAUCAUCAAAAAGUACGGCACCCACCUCCUCAUCUCUGCUACCUUGGGAGGAGAGGAGGCUUUGACCAUGUACAUGGACAAGAGUCGCCUCGACAGGAAGUCAGGGAAUGCCACUCAAAGCGUUGAAGCUCUGCACCAGCUUGCAUCGUCCUACUUUGUUGACCGGGAUGGCACCAUGAGGCGGCUCCAUGAGAUCCAGAUAUCAACUGGAGCAAUUAAGGUCACAGAGACACGCACUGGGCCUCUGGGCUGUAACAGCUAUGACAAUCUGGACUCUGUGAGUUCCGUCCUUCUGCAAAGCACGGAGAGCAAACUGCACCUUCAAGGUCUUCAGAUAAUCUUCCCUCAAUAUCUGCAAGAGAAGUUUGUCCAGUCGGCCUUGAGCUACAUCAUGUGCAAUGGUGAGGGGGAGUAUGUGUGCCAGAACAGCCAGUGUAGGUGCCAGUGUGCAGAGGAGUUCCCGCAGUGCAACUGCCCCAUCACCGACAUCCAGAUCAUGGAGUACACGCUGGCCAACAUGGCCAAGUCCUGGGCCGAAUCCUAUAAGGACCUGGAGAAUUCAGAUGAGUUUAAGUCAUUUAUGAAGCGCCUCCCCAGCAACCACUUCCUCACCAUCGGGAGCAUCCAUCAGCACUGGGGGAAUGACUGGGACCUGCAGAACCGCUACAAGCUCCUGCAGAGUGCCACGGAAGCGCAGAGGCAGAAGAUUCAGCGCACUGCCCGGAAGCUCUUUGGCCUCAGCGUCCGCUGCCGCCACAAUCCCAACCACCAGCUGCCUAGAGAGAGGACAAUUCAGCAGUGGCUUGCCAGGGUCCAGUCACUCCUCUACUGCAACGAGAAUGGGUUUUGGGGGACCUUCCUGGAGAGCCAGAGGAGCUGCGUGUGCCACGGCAGCACCACGCUGUGCCAGCGCCCCAUCCCCUGCAUCAUAGGAGGGAACAACAGCUGCGCCAUGUGUAGCCUGGCCAACAUUUCGCUCUGUGGUUCCUGCAACAAGGGCUACAAGCUGUACCGAGGCCGCUGCGAGCCGCAGAAUGUGGACUCGGAGCGGAGCGAGCAGUUCAUCAGCUUUGAGACCGACCUGGACUUCCAGGACCUGGAGCUGAAGUACCUGUUGCAGAAGAUGGAUUCCCGCCUCUACGUCCACACCACUUUCAUCAGCAACGAGAUCCGCCUCGACACCUUCUUUGACCCGCGAUGGCGCAAGCGCAUGUCUCUCACCCUCAAGAGCAACAAGAAUCGGAUGGACUUUAUCCACAUGGUGAUUGGUAUGUCCAUGCGCAUCUGCCAGAUGCGCAACAGCAGCCUGGACCCCAUGUUCUUUGUCUAUGUGAACCCCUUCAGUGGGAGCCACUCCGAGGGCUGGAACAUGCCCUUUGGGGAGUUUGGCUACCCGCGCUGGGAGAAGAUCCGUCUUCAAAACAGCCAGUGCUACAACUGGACUCUCUUGCUGGGUAAUCGGUGGAAAACCUUUUUUGAGACGGUCCAUAUCUACUUACGCAGUCGGACUCGGCUACCCACCCUCCUGCGUAAUGAGACUGGCCAGGGCCCAGUAGAUCUGUCGGAUCCGUCCAAGCGACAGUUCUACAUCAAGAUCUCCGAUGUGCAGGUGUUCGGGUACAGCCUGAGGUUCAACGCGGAUCUCCUUCGCAGCGCGGUGCAGCAGGUCAACCAGUCCUACACACAAGGUGGCCAGUUCUAUUCCUCCUCUUCGGUGAUGCUCCUCUUGUUGGAUAUUCGGGACCGAAUUAACCGCCUGGCCCCUCCGGUGGCCCCAGGGAAGCCCCAGCUGGACUUGUUCUCGUGUAUGCUGAAGCAUCGCCUGAAACUGACCAACAGCGAGAUCAUCAGGGUGAACCACGCGCUGGACCUCUACAACACCGAGAUCCUCAAACAGUCGGACCAGCUGACAGCCAAGCUCUGUUAACCCGAGACACCUUGCCGUGGACGUUUCCUUUUGGUGUACAAACACAACAGGACAAAGCAAAGCAAAACAAAAUAAAACAAAAACCUUAAAAAUUUGUAAAGUGUAAUUAAUAUUCAAAGGAAAGAAGGAGAAUCUUCAUUCGUUGGAAACUAAAAUGUUCUAGCGACUGUAUAAAA